AUGGGACCUUUACUGUUUCGUUCGCUACUAGUCAUUAACGCAUUAAGCAUCGCCACAGAAAAUCCGGUAACACCGAACCCUUAUCGAUUUCCUGUUUAUCCUGUAAACGAAUGUCCUAGAACCGAAAAUGAAUUUAAAACAGGAGCACAAAGAAGAAAUUGCACCAGAGGCUUACGAUACCUGUGUGCCCCCAAUAAAUACAUAUCAUCUCUAAUAGAAUUCUGCACAGACCGACCUAGAAGUCUUUAUGGAAAAGGCAACUGUGUGUUACUUGAAGGUACAGGUGACCUGGACCAUUACAGCUGUGUAGAAAAGUUCAAUAGUAGCUGUCCUUCGGAAUUUUAUUAUGAUGAAGAGAUUUAUAAAUAUCCAGCGUGCCUAGAAAUUGAUAAGAAGCACCGGUGUUUUGUUGCCGAUAAUGAUUGCAAUGAUAGAGAAUUCCCUACAACAGAAACCUAUUCCAACAAUUUUAAAAUGGACGCCAGAUUAAUUGCAAUUUUAUAUAUAAUUGCUGUUGUUUCAGCGGGGAUGAUACAGAUUUGGUUUAUUUUUCGAAAGAGAAAAAAAGAGCAAGGCGAGAGAUAUAACAAACAAGAUGAAAAACAGUCAUUACUGCAAGAUCCAGAACCGCCAAUAGAACUCAACGAUGCCGCACAAUUUGAUCAAACAUCAUCAACAAAUGUGUCAAAACAUAAUUAUAUACAAACAACAUCGACAGACAUGAUAUCUGAUACAGCCAAAAAAGAUACACAGGAAUUAAAAUUGAUUCAAAGAGAGGAGAAACAAAACGAAAAAUCCGGAUAUAAAUCAGCAAUGAUAGAUGAGAAACGACAACAUAACCAAGAAAUAGAUGAUGAUAAACUUAGACAAUUUCUAAGUAAAGGCAAUAUUUCUGUUUGCCAUGUUAGAUGCAUCAUAGUUGGUUGUGGAAAAGCAGGAAAGACGACGCUUUUAAAAAGAUUACAGAAUGCUUCCUUUGCCGAAUUGAUGGAGAUUAAACGGACCGAAAUGGUAGAUUUCCACGUUAACAGUUUUGAGGUUCUGUUAAAAGAAGAAACCAUUCAAAGUGUAAAUAAAGAAGACACAUUACCCACAAUCUUGUUUUCGAAAGAAAAAUUGGAAAUGGGACUAAAAGCCAAUGCUGGAAAAAUGACAGAAGAAGCAGACCAACCAGGUGUUGGAGGAAAAAAUCGACUUGUUGAAGACUCUUCACAGAAAAAUACAGAAAACAUACCAAGGGAUGUACCGAACAACCCAGCCAAUAACAAUAAUGCAGAAAAUGAGGGAGAAUCAAUACCUGAACCACAAGACAAAAUAUGUGUUCAGAACCAAUUGUCCCCAAACACAAAUGAAACACAUGUAGAAGAUGAUAAAAUUAAUUUUGAAAAGUAUGCGAUUUUAAAGAUUAAGGAUGCUGUGAAUGAGUUGCUGAAUGAAAACGAUUUGCGCCCACGAAUCACCUUUUUAGAUUUUGCAGGACAAAGUAUGUACUAUGCUUUUCAUCAGAUAUUUCUCCGUCCUAAAUCAUGUUCCAUCUUGGUUGUGGAUAUGACGAAAAGUCUCAACGACGAAGUGGAUGUUCAGGAUGGAAAUGAAAAGGAAUGUAGCCAAUUUGCCUCAUGGAGAUACAGAGACUAUUACAAAUUUUGGUUGAAGUCGAUUGACAGUUUUAGUGAUACCGAGUCUCCAGUAAUAAUUGUCGGCACUCAUGCAGAUAAAUUAUCAAAAGAACAAUGUCGCAAAUUUCGUGAGAGUCUGUUAAAAUUCUUUGAUAAUUUGUCUCAUUCCAAUCUUCGGAGACAUAUUAAUGCAGACCGAAUGUAUACAAUAGGUCUUCCGGAUUCAGGAUCAGAAUUGGAGGAUUUGAAAGACCUAAAAAAAUGCAUUGCUUAUAUUGUGAAGUGCCCUCGUUAUUCGAAAGAAAAUAUUCGACCUGUCUGGGCAUUAUUUGAACAUAUAUUAAAUAGAUUGAAAGAAACUGAAAAAGUGAUUCAACAGAAAACAUUAUCAGAUUACUGUGACCAAUUAAGCGCUCAGGAAUUUAGGAUAGACGAAUCAGAAAUGUCUAAAAUGUUGGUCUUUUUUCAUAGAGUUGGUGUUCUGUUAUACUUUGAUAAAGAUGGUUUGAAGGAAAAUAUUAUUCUUGAUAUCCAGUGGCUCCUUGAUGCAUUUAAGUGUAUCAUUGAAUAUCCUGUGAGACCAGAGGAAAACGAUAUAAAGCGUAUGCAUUUUUGUCGCACUGGUGAAUUAGACAAUGUAGAACUAGAUAGAAUUUGGCAUAUCCAGGGAAAAGAUUUCCUGAAGCACAAAACGACAAUACUAGCAUACAUGGAACAACUAGGAUUGUUGAUGCCAUUAAAAGAAUUGCAUUCCAUUGACUCUUCUGUGUAUUAUUUCCCUAGCAUGAAUAGUAAAAGGUUUGACAAGACUGGUGAGAACAAUUCAAAGUCCUCUAUUAUCUGCUUUAAGUUUGAUGAUGAAAUGCAGCUUCCAAUUAAUGUUUUUCAUGGCAUAGUUUUGAAAUGUUCCAAACUAAAAAAAUGGUCCAUAUUGACAGAAGGAGCAAAGAAUAACAUUUGCCUUUACCAAAAUGCAGCAUGUUUCUCUUUCCAAAAACAUGUUGUGGUUUUAUGCAAUUGCAAUUUUGAAAUUCGGGUGCAGGUAUGGGCAUCCCCAAAAAUAUAUAAUGGAAGCCUACUUAAAAAGAUAAAAGAUUCAGUCGAGGAUAUUUUACACGAAGACGACCUCUCUUAUAAAAUCGGUUACAAAUGUCGAAAAGAUGUGCUGCAUGUUGAAGAAGACGUAUCAUUCAUUUCCCAGAGUAAUUUUCCUGUCUCUGAUCAUUUAUGUGAAAUAUGUGAUGUUGAUAAGAAACAUGUACUGGAUAACGACAUAUGCUGGGAACCUCAGAAAAAUCAAAGUGAGUAA